AUGUUUCUGUUUUUAUGUUUCUUUCUUCUUCUUUCUCCAUUUCCUGCACAGUCUGAUAACUUUUUCUUUCUUUCUUUCUUUCUUUUUAUUUUCUUUCUUUCAGUCUUUCUUUCUUUCUUUCUUUCUUUCUUUCUUUCUAUUUUCUUUCAUUCAGUCUUUAUUUCUUUCUUUCUUUCUUUCUUUCUUUUUAUUUUCUUUCUUUCAGUCUUUCUUUCUUUCUUUCAGCGUCUGAAUUUUUUCUUCGAUUUUUUAAUCCAGCGAUUUUUUUUUCUACCAGGCUACAUCUUCCUGCCCUUUACGCUGUGGUUUAAGCCGUAUAUUUUUUCCCGCGUUUAUAACUUUCAUAUUUUCUCCUAUUUUCUGACUCUUUCUUUUUUCUUUCUCUCGUUUUUUUCUCUUAAUUGUCUUUCUCUUCUAUAUUCCUCUUUUAUUUCUUUCUCAUAUUUUCUAUAUAUUUUAUUCUCUCUCUCUCUCUCGUUUGUAUUAUUUCUCUUAUUUAUCUUCUAUAUUCCUCUCUGUAUAUUUCUCAUAUAUUUUUCUCUCUUAUAUUUCUCUCUCUCGCUAUUUUCUCGCAUUCACUUAAAGUAUUUAUCUUCCUGUCUCUCUCAUAUUUUCCCUUACUUUAUCAUUUUAUUGUUUCUCACCAUCUUUUCAUUCUCUUUCCCUUUAUUUCCCACUCAUAUAUUUUCUCUUAUUUUCUAUAUCACUUUUAUUUUUUUCUCGCAUUUCCUUUCUUUCUCAUAUUUUUCAUUCAUUUUCUCUCCUUUAAACACACACACACACACUCUUUCAGUCUCUCUCUCUCUUUCUCCCACUCCAUCUCUCUCUCUCUCUCUCUCUCUCUCUCUCUCUCUCUCUCUGUUGUAUUUUACGUUCAUUUUCUUUCUCAUUACUGAACUCAACACACAUUUGCGUCUCUCUGUUCCGAUUCUUUAUUCUAAUCCCCCUCUGUCAUUUACCUUUCUCCUCCUACUCCCUAUUCCAGCAAUUAUUCGUCAAUCCAUUAUCAUGCAAAUUCCAUUUUCUAUCAUUAAUUCAUUCUUAAAGAAGUCGUUCUAUAUUUCUAUCUGCCUUGCUUACUCUAAUCCCGUUAAUACUCACUUAAUUCAACGGCAAUUUCGUUUCCUGAUCAAAUGUUACCUGCUCUGCUUGGCCCACACUUCUAUUAUCGCCCGUCAACAUCCAUUACUUCAGCCUACAUUUUCCAUUGGGCUUCUGAAUCACCCGUUUGUUGUCGUUCCUAUUCCAUUAAUCUCAAUAAUCAUUCUUUUCUCUCCUCUCCUCUCCUCAUCCAUUCAGUACUCUAUCUAUCUAUCUAUCUAUCUAUCUAUCUAUCUAUCUAUCUACUGA